CACUUGUGUGUGUGAAAUGCAAGUGUUAGGAAAGCUUCAGGGUGACCCUGAAUAGACCUCCACUUUGCAGAUGAGGAAAUUGGACCUCAAGAGGGGCCAUCUUGCACCCUGUCAUCAGUCUGUAGGUGGCAGAGCCACAGUCCAAACCCAGGGCUCCAGACUCCAAAAUGCAGCUUCUUCCACCACUCACUCCCACCUAGCUCCUAGUGUUACCCUAGGAGGACCCCAGAGAACCUUCAUCUGUAGGGCACUCCUGCCCACUGUGACAUGCCCGUCUGCCCAGGUGCAGCCACCCAAGAAGCCACUGGUCCCAGAAAUGGGGCCAGCCUCCAAGCUGGGCCAUGUGCCACACCCACCAUCCACAUGUGGCAGCUCAGUGCUCCAGGGCCAACGCCGAAACAAGAGGCACCCUCAGCCCUUUGGCCACUUUCUGGAUUUCCUGACUGAAAGCCAGGUCCUGGACAGCUUGGAGACAGUGGUGGAGGAGGCGACCGAGCGCAUGGCUGCCAUGAAGACGGAGGCUGGGGUGCCACUGGUGGAGGUGCAGGACCCAGUGGAGGUGCCAAGUGGUAGGCGGCGGGCCCGUGCCCGGCCCAGCCUCAGCACUGUGCACCGGCACCGUGCACAGCCAAGCCUCUGCACUGGACACCCCAACAACUACCCAUCCAGCUCCAGCUCCAUGUCUGACUCUCAUGGCAGCCUCAUGGCUGGCUGGCUGGGCCCCCAUGUCAGGGACAGUGACCUGGGGGCCCAAGGCUUAGGCUCAUUGCCACCUGUGAGGGACAAACUCCUGCUGGAGAAGAACCUCAAGCGGCUGCUACAGCUGGAGAGGAAAGGGAAAGGCCUCAAUCAGUCCUGCACUCAGAGAAACUCCCUGCUGUGGGAUUCGCUGGGCAGCCAGACCAGCUGCCAGUGGACCCAGGAGCAGUCCCCAUCCUGGUUCUCAGGGCUGCUGGGCUCAAGCUCUGGCAUGCCUGAAGCAUCAGAGCUGAGGCCUGGAGAACGGGAACGGAUCUUCCACAAGCAGGAGUUCAACAAGGAGCUGAAGUCGUUACUGAGCCAGCUGGAGUCCCUCGACCUGCCUGGCUACUGUCCGCUCCGUGAGCCCCACCGCAUGCUGAACUUCCUGGCCGAGCACCACCUGUUCCCCGCCCUGCAGAGCGUGGUCAGUCAGGCUGUGGACAAGCUCCGUGAUGCCUGCUGCUGUGAUGGCCGCCCUCUGUUCCCCACCAGCUUGGAGCCCACCUCAGAGCUGCAGGGACAGAGCAAUCUGCAGCCUCUGGGCUCUGAGCCGACCAAUCCCACCAACACGGGGCAGCCCCAUGCUUCCCUCCAUCCCACAGCCUCCAGCCCCAAGAUGCCUCACAGAAAACACAAGGACAGAGGAGGCUACCCCUCCAUGUCUAGUGCCCAGGUGGCCACCAGAUUCAAGCUCAAGGUGACACCCACGGAGAAGCCCAAUGUCCCCAGUUCCUCACUCUACUCCAGGAAAGAGGUGCCUGACUCAGAUCCCAAAUUACAAAACCCACCUGUUUCCCUGAGCUCCAGCCAGAGGGCCAAGCCCUGGCGGGGCCUGCACCUCACUCUGCCUGCCCCUGGAAUUGUGGUGGAGGUGGAUUGCAGCCAGGGCCACCUCAGGGGCCCUGUCACACCUCCGUCUGCCUUCCCCUGUCCCCACUCUUCCUGCUACUUUCUCCCCAAGCUCUUCUCAGUUGCCUUAUCUCCCGCCUCACUAUCGGAGGUGACCUCCUCGAAAGUAGGACCAGGCAUGAGUUUGCAGGAGAAGGACUCCCUGGGCCCACCUCUCCUAGCAGCCACUGGCACUGGCAGGUGCUCAAGACCAAGGUCUCUUGCCCUGCACUGUGGAAAUCUGGACAGGGACUAAACUGAUGGGAGCCCAGGAAUGCUGGCCUAGCUAUUACCAGGUGUUAUCACAGAUGAAUAAAGGCUAUUUUUUAUGCUGGG